GCUUCAUCUGUUUUUCUUUGUUCUCAUAAUCAGUAGUUACUCGGUCGUGGUGUUGAUAGUACUCCACCACCCAGAAGCAAAUUUUUGUUUUGGUCGAGUGGGUGAUGUGCCGUGUCAGGUGAUUAUUAAAAAGAAAGUAAAGCAAAAUAAACAGAGAGGUUACCCUCCGUUCGUAGAGCAUUGUGAGAAGACGAGUGGAGCUAUACUUUGUGGUUGUGAGGGAGGUUGACGCUCAUCCCAUGCCCUCCCCCACACCCUUACGCGUCGUGGAUAAAGCUUAGAGCUGAUAACACAACCCCACACGGCGAUUGACUGAUUCGGGUGCUUAUCGAGGCGAGGUGAUGGAAAUCAGUUCCGUGUAAAGAAGCGCGCAAUUAAUCGUCCAGGCAGAACGUCACUGGACAAAUCGUGAGUUCCAAAUGCAUUUACAUAACAGAUGGCUGGUUUUAGAUUGUGUGCCAAUUGCUACGGGAAAUGGAUUUUAUGGGAUGUUUUACUGCCCAAGGUCACAAUGUAAAAAAGGACUUCAAAAUUUCCGGUUCUUUUGCAAAGAAUGACUUCCACUUUGUCCGUCGUCACAACGGUCAUCGCUACACCCUCUUCCACCCACAAAUUCCAUCACCUCUAUCCAGAACGGCUUCUCGUCGAAUGAGAUCAUUCCGCACAUUAUCAGCGCAUAUUGUUGAUAGGAAUCCCGAGCGCACGAGCUGUAAAUUUUCACACUUUACCUACGUUGAAACGUUGAAUCACCAGCGCAUCGAAAAAAAUGGACAUCUCACGCGAAGAUUGGAUCGACCGGGCCCAGGAGAACAUGAAGAAGUUUCUCAACCGGGGUGGCAGCUGCAGGGGAGAUGAACCCCAGCUUUUGCAAGGGACUAGUUUGGAGAAUACCCUCGGCUACGCCCUGAGCCUUACCAUGAAGGACCCCAACGAGUGGACCGACGAGGAACUGCAGCUGGAGUACAUGGAACAGCUGUGUUUCUACGACGAGGAGUCGUGCAAAACCAUCGACAAACUGGUCCAGCAGAUGUACAACGGAAUCCACCGGAACGUGACCUGCCGGUUGACGAUCCUGCCCAUUGAGUUGUACAGCGAGGGGAAGUUGUACGAGGUACCGCUAUUUCGGUAUCAAUUUCAGCAGUCCACGGACACCGAACCGAAAUUUAUCGAUUCCAUCGGGAGGGUGUAUCAGGAUUUUGGAGAUUUCCUGAAGAACAACAAGUAUCCGUCGGCGGAGAUGAUGUACCCCAAGGAGGGUCGGCUGGAGCCAACGAAUUUGAAGAACGUGGUCUACGAUAUUUGCAAGACACCGGCGUGGAAGAAUUACUAUUUUAAGGCGUUGGACAUUGCGACGGGGAUUAUCGGAAUCGCCGGUGCCACCGGCGCCAUUUUCCUGUCCGGCGGACUGGCCACCCCAUUCAUCGCGGCCAGCGUUGGUUCCGCAAUCUACGCAACGGGGCGUUCGAUCGAUGUUCUGCGGGACAAAAGCGCCCACCAGGAAUCGUUGAACCCGCUAAGCGACUCGGAAUCCCGCACGGCUUGGCUCAGCCUAACGGCACACGUGCUCACCUUCGGAACGAUGCCGCACAUUUCGGCCCUCUCGGGGGUCGCUUCCACCAGCCAUAGCAUUGCCACCGGCUUCAAGGUGUGCAACUUUAUCAACGAAACAGGAAACAUCAUCAGCGAUCUGGUGAUCUGUGACACCCUGUCGGCCAUGCAUUCCAACUACUACAAUGCCAGCAUCGAAACUCGCCUAGCGCACGCCGCCUCCAUCUGCUUCUGGACCAAAACGGUGAUCAGCAUCCGGCAGGCCGAGCUGAUGAUGAAGAACAACGCGAUCGUGGCACUCAAGCUGUUCGGCUUCGAGGAUCACUUCUGCGAGUACUUCAACAACGACUCGCGAGCGAUCGAUAUCGGGCUGCGGAUCGUGAAGCACUCGCUGCAGAACAGCGUGACGAUCGCUUCGGACAAGGCGGACGUGAAAGCGAUCACGAUCGACGGGUUGAAGUUCGACAUCGAAACACUGCUGAAGCUGGAACCGGAAGAGGUGGAGAAGUUUUUCGACAUUUUGCAAGCGGUGGGGAACGAUCAGGACCGGGUCCUAUUUGGUGAGUUACGGAUGCUUUGCGAGAGCGAUGUGGACUUGGUUCGGCUAAUUUCCAAGGAAGCGGAGAGCGAAAAUCUCCCGGGAAAUGAGUUGACCGAAAUGUUGUUGAAGGUUUACGAGUCGAUGCGAAAUCAGGACAAGUUCAAGAUGAGCCUCAGCAUAGAGGACGGUGUUUGUAUAGGUAAUGGGCUCAAGCUGGGAAUCAAGGCCGCGUACAUAAUCUUUGCUUCCAAGGACGAGCACCAGACCGUGGCACCGCUGAUAGAUGCCGUACUGGAGCUUCCACCAAAGCAGUGCGCAGCACUGACCAAGAUAAUCAAAACCAAAUCGGAUUACAUAUCAAUUUUUAAGCUGAAACCUAGUGAUGCUAGUAGCGAGCAGAUUGGUAGCAGAAUUAGCGACGAAAUUUCGAAGGCCUUAUCUGAAGAGCAUUAAGUUUUAAACUUUUAACUACACGAACGCUAGAGCGAGCGGGUGAAAUUUAAUAGCCAAAUUUUUUAGGACUGUAGCGAGUCACUUGUUAGUGAGAGUGAACGAAUUUUUAAUGCACCGCAAACAGAAACGAUUUUCCCGGGCGUGAGGGUUCCUUAACUCAAGCAACAGUUCAAAAUUUAAUUAGUCUUGGGGGAGGUUAUAAGAACUAUCAU